UUUGUGUACAAGUUGACGAGUUGACGUUUGACAGUAUUAUAAUCAUUCAUGACAUAAUUUUUCUCUUAUUCACUCUCGGAAAUUACUGUCGCAUUAGUUUUUCCCACUUUUCUCCCCCACCCCUCCCCCUCACCACCCCCUUUUUUCCCCACUAAUUGCAUUCGAAUGGCAAAAAUAAUCAUUUUUCACAAAUCAAUUAAUUCUUUCUUGCGUGAAAAAUAGAGGUUAUAUUUUCUAUAUACUAAAGAGAGAAAUGUUAUUUGUUUCGUGAUGUCUGAGGAAAGUAAACAUUUUUUAAUUUUCAUUAAUUUUGAUAAUUCGUGACGAAAUUUUCCUUUUUUCUUUUUAUUCUAAAAGGAGAAUUAAUUUGGACUUUUGCAAAUAUUGAGUAUAUUUUUUUUCUUUGAGUAUUUUGAUAAUUUUUCUAUUGUGUUUCAAAGAAGUGAAAGAAGAAUAGUUUGAAAGAAAAGAAAGAAGAAGUUAAAAGAAGUAAAAAAAUAAAUUGAAAGAAAAGAAAGAAGAAGUUGAGAGAAGUGAAAAAAUAAAUUGAAAGAAGUGAAAGAAAAGGUUAAAAGAAAUUAAAAAAAGUGAAAAAGAAGUUGAUAGAAAUUGAAAGAAGUAAUAAUUGUGAGUGGAAGUAUACGAGAAUAAAAAGGGGGGAAAAAAUGAUUGCUCCGGAAUAUGGUUCGACGAAUGCUGAUUCGGUGAAUGUUCAAGUGACGGGCGAGAAGAAUCCGUUAAUUAAAAGGCAAAGUCGCUUUUUGCGAAUGAUUAGAAAUUUGACGAGCAGUGAUAAAAUUCCAAAUCAUGGAAGCGAUGGUUAUGUUGAAUUCAGUAGUUUGGGCACUGAAAGUGCACGAACUUUGGGCACAUUUGCUGGUGUUUUUAGUCCCGUUACACUAUCAAUGUUUAGUGCCUUGAUUUUUAUUCGAAUGGGAUACAUUGUCGGAAAUGCAGGACUUUUAGUAACUCUCCUUCAGUUUAUAAUAGCUUACGGAAUUUUAUUAUUUACUGUCGCAUCCGUUUGUGCAAUUUCAACAAAUGGCGCUGUCGAGGGAGGCGGAGCCUAUUUCAUGAUUAGUAGAACAUUGGGACCGGAAUUUGGUGGUUCGAUUGGAACACUGUUCUUUAUGGCGAACAUUGUUUCGAGUGCAUUGUGCAUAUCAGGUUGUGCUGAGGGUCUGGUGGAGAAUUUUGGGCCCUCUGGUUAUCUUGUUGGCAGCGCUGGACUCAUUCCCGAUGGUAGAUGGUGGCGUUUUUUGUACUGCACAAUAUUGAACACGACAAAUUUACUCGUGUGUUUAAUUGGCGCCUCAAUGUUCGCAAAGACGAGUGUUGCAAUUUUAGCGACAGUCUGUAUUUGCCUCGUCAGUGUGGUCAUCAGUUUCCUCGUUAAAGGACCAAUGGAGGUAUUAAUUCCGGAAGCGAAUAAUUUGGUGCGCAAUGAAACGUAUCUCCUUAAUGGUACCUACACAGGUUUGCUCUCUUCAACUCUGGUCCAGAAUUUAUACUCAAAUUACAGCGCAGAUUAUUCAAGUGGUGGGGUUAUGUCCGAUUUUGCAAGUGUUUUCGGCGUUCUUUUCAGUGGCGUCACGGGAAUUAUGGCCGGUGCCAACAUGAGUGGUGAGCUGAAGAAUCCAGGACACAAUAUUCCGAGGGGAACAUUGUCAGCUGUUUGUUUUACAUUUGUCUGCUAUAUUUUAUUAUCCGUCCUGACGGCAGCGACGACGAGUCAAUUUUUGUUGCAAAACAAUUUUCUCUACAUGAUGCCGAUUAAUAUUUGGCCGCCAUUUGUUGCUGUGGGAAUUUUAACGGCGACAUUCAGCGCUGCACUGAGUAAUCUCAUUGGUUCUAGUCGUGUUCUCGAGGCUCUCGCAAAGGACAAUAUUUUUGGAUCCGGCCUGAAUUAUGUAACGAAAGGCACAUGGCGGGGCAAUCCACUCGCUGCCGUUCUAACCUCAUGGACAUUGGUCCAGUUAAUUUUACUCAUUGGCUCAUUGAAUACUAUUGCUCAAAUUAAUUCUGUCCUAUUUUUAUUAAGUUAUUUGGCCACGAAUUUAGCGUGUCUUGGCUUGGAACUCGCAAGUGCUCCCAAUUUCCGACCUACCUUUAACUUCUUCACAUGGCACACGGCGACAAUCGGACUCUUCGGAACCCUCAUAAUGAUGUUCACAAUCAACAGCAUCUACGCAUCGAGUAGUAUAAUAAUUUGCCUAGUCCUCGUCAUUGUCCUCCAUCUUUUCUCACCGAGCAAAAACGCCGCCUGGGGUAGCAUUUCCCAAGCACUAAUCUUCCAUCAAGUACGAAAAUACCUUCUAAUGUUGGACUCACGCAAAGAUCACGUGAAAUUUUGGCGACCGCAAAUCCUCCUUAUGGUGUCCUCACCACGCUCCUCGUGUCCUCUCAUCGACUUUGUGAAUGACCUCAAGAAGGGUGGACUCUACGUGAUUGGUCACGUGAAAGUGGGCGAAUUCGCCGGUCAAAAUCAGGAUCCAACGAUUGAUGACUAUCCAAAUUGGUUGAGUUUGAUUGAUCACUUGAAGGUGAAGGCAUUCGUGGAGAUGACAGUGACGAAAACUGUUCGCGAGGGUCUGCAUCAUUUGGUGCGUAUUUCGGGAAUGGGAGCCAUGAAGCCGAAUACGAUUGUUUUGGGAUUCUAUGACGAUCAUGCGCCGAUGGAUUUUUUCAAAGUCUCCCAAUAUUCGACGGUGAAUUUUGAGAAUGGGACUUAUGCGAAUGGACCUUGUUUUCCGUUGAGGGGCAAUGGGGAGGAUAAGACGAUGGAUAUUGAACAGUACGUGGGGAUGUGUUCGGAUGUUUUGAAAAUGAAGAAGAAUUUAUGUUUGUGCAGGAAUUUUCAUACUUUGGAUAAAUCGCAAUUUGUUAAAAACUCCAAUUUCAAGUACAUUGACGUUUGGCCAGUGAACUUUUUCCAGCCAUCGGAUCAGGAUCCAUUCGAUACAACGUCAUUGUUUAUGCUCCAAUUGGCGUGCAUAAUUAAUAUGGUGCCUGUUUGGAAGAAUUUACAUUUACGUGUCUUCCAUUGUGAAAUAUCUGAAAAUCUCAGUGUUGCCGAAUCGACGAGUUCAAUAGAGGAGGCGCCAAAGUGUUCGAAUGAAUUGAAACUGAAAAAAUUAUUGAACAUGCUUCGAAUCUCGGCGUCGAUAACAAAAAUACCAAAUUGGGCCGCACAAGUUGGUGGUCUGAAGGGUCGGCCAUUGGUUGGUCCAACAAAACAGGAUCCAGAAUCGAGUCUCUUUGAAUCGAACGAUUCUUCCGAUGUUGUUCCUAGUAAUGUUUCACGAGCUUACAUUUUGAAUUGUAAUCAGUUGAUUCAACAACAUUGCUCGCAAACGGCUGCUAUCUUUAUGUAUUUACCGGCGCCACCUGUCUCCAAUACCUGGGGAGGGAAAAAUGUCGUUCAACAACAAUAUUUACAACUUCUUACGGAAUUGACUGCUGAUUUGCCGCCAACGAUAUUGGUGCAUGGUGUUAGUGCCGUCACUUCGACCACAUUGUAACAUUAUUUUUUUAGUUACAACAAUUUUAGGACUUGUAAUUGAUUUAUUUAUUUACUUAUGUAAUUAUUAAUUAAUUAGUUAAUUAAUUAUUUUUCAAUUAUUUUUGUUAAUUACAAUUUCU